CCGCCGAAUGUGAAAUAAAGAACGAUUCAUUGUUUGAACUAGAAAUUAAAUAAGUUUCCAGCCUCAUUUAAACGUCCGAAAACGAUUGAUCAUAGGAGCCGUCCUAUCUCAGACCACGCAUGUUUGAAUUUACACGGGUGAUCAUCUGUAGCAUAUCACGGAGAAAGGAAGCCAAAUAGAAGAUAGUGAUCUAUAUUUGACGUUCCAAAAGACUUUUCUUUCAAGCAUGGAGCGGCCAGAGGCUCGUCAGAUCAAGCGACUCCUAGUGGCGAAUCGCGGCGAAAUAGCAACACGUAUCAUCUCGUCUGCCCGCGAACUGGAUAUCGACACCAUAGCCGUCUACACCAAUGACGACACAUCGCACACUCUAGGCGCAAACAAAUCCAUUAAGCUCUCGUCUCCCGCAUCCUAUCUCAACAUUGACGAGCUUAUCUCCGUUGUUCGUCAGCAUGGAAUUGACGCAGUACAUCCUGGCUACGGCUUCCUUAGCGAGAGCGCCGAAUUUGCUCGAAAAAUGUGGGAUGCCGGUGUAGCUGUUGUUGGCCCUGGCUGGGGAAUUCUCGAAAGAACUGGUGAUAAACUGAAAGCCAGGCUGCUGGCCGAGGAAUGCGGCGUGCCUGUGUUACCGGCCCUGCGUAAGCCCACCAGCGAUGUAUCGCAGCUGCGACAGUUUGCAGCUGACGUUGGCUACCCGAUUAUGAUCAAGGCCGUUGAUGGUGGUGGCGGGAGGGGCAUCAGACUUGUUAGAUCGGAAGAUCAGCUAGAGUCACACGCGAGAGUAGCUAUCGGAGAAAGUCCAUCCAAGACGGUUUUUGCGGAGAAGGCCGCGGUUGAAGGCUAUCUGCAUAUUGAGAUACAGAUUCUUGGGGACGGUUCCGGUGAUGUUCGACACCUGUGGGAAAGACAGUGCAGCAUACAGAGACGCUACCAGAAAGUCGUCGAGAUUGCCCCCAGCUUAACAGCAAAGCGAACGUUCAUUGCAAAGAUCAUUGACUCGGCAGUGCGUAUGGCUAAACGAGUCAAAUACUAUUCGCUCGGUACUUUCGAGUUUCUCGCCAAUCCGGAAACCGAAGAGUUCUACUUCUUGGAGAUCAAUCCACGUUUACAGGUGGAGCACACCAUUACCGAGUCCAUUUGCUCUACAGAUAUAGUUCGCCUUCAACUCCUUAUAUCCCAAGGAUCGCCCCUCAAAAAAGUGUUUCCACGGCAUCUCCCUAACAGUCCCGUGGAGCCUCCAGCCCUCUGCUCAUGCCAGUUGCGUAUCACGGCCGAGAAUGCACGCUCGGAUUACUCUCUGUCAAUCGGAAAGAUCAGUUCGUUCCAUUUCCCCACUGGAAAUGGUAUUCGUGUAGACACCAACCUCGUCAACGGAGACCAAGCCGUUGUGGGCUCUGAUUUCGAUAGCCUUCUCGCCAAACUCAUCAUUACGGCAUCUUCAUGGGAACUCGUUGUUCGAAAGGCCCAACGAGCUUUGCAGGACACGAAGAUAACGGGAAUAAAAACCAAUCUGGAUAUUCUGCGCGGCAUUGUAGCACAUCCUGACUUUGCGCGCAAAGACUGCGAUACCAGAUGGCUGGAAACUAAUCACAAAGCGCUGCUUGAUGCAGGCGAGGCUCUGACAAAGGCGAUUCCGAAUUCUUUGCUAUCCGAAACAUGGAGUAUGGAGAGCUUCUCGCCUGCGGCAGCAGCUGGAUCAAUGCUAUUCCGGAAGGGUGAUGCUUGGACAAUCACAUUAUCCGAUGCGAGAAACAAAGCCUCGACUCCUAUCAAUCAUCACGUCCAAUUGUCCAAAGUUUUGAGGAACGAAUUCCCCUCCGAGCUUGCAGCAGAAGUACUUUACACCACGCCCUCGUCGCGGGACCCAGUUCCGUAUACAAUAAAUCUACGUUCUACGUCAUCAUCUGCUGCCUCGGCGACAGCACAGCACAGGAAAGGAAAUUCAGCGAACCCCAAUCACAUUGUCAUACCAUUCGCAGGCACAUUGAUAGAAGUCAUGGUUGAUGUCGGGGAUCUCGUGCGGGAAGGCGACGUGAUAUGCGUUGUCAGACAAAUGAAGAUGGAGUUGGAAGUACGAUCUCACAGAAGUGGCAAGGUAGUAUGGCUGUUGGAAGCCGAAGAUGGCGAGGAUGUAGCCGAGGGGACGCUAGCCGCCGAAUUAGAAGAUGGGCAGAGAGGGAAGGUGGAAGAGCAGUCUAAGCUCUAAUGGCUGAACGCCGCCACCACUCGCUUGUGCUUCAUGUUGUCGUGCUCAGCGAAGAUGGUGCAGACAGCGAUACUACUUACUCAAAUCUAUGCCAGAUAGGUUCAUAAAGUCAAGGAAAGCAACCUAUGUUUCCGGCUUAAAUGGGCAGGAAAAGGCCAAAAAGAUGGGCGCUAAGACUGUUCUGUAUUGCGAGAAGAGGCAUUUCGGUUUAGAAGCCGAAGCUGAAGACACCACAGCGCUACUGCUUGCAUCAAUUUCCC